CAAUACACCUGUACUUAGUGUUCAUUUUAGAGGUUCUAACUUCUAGACUCUACCUAGUUGUCACUAUUGUCAAUACGACUUUAUGAGAUAUUAAUUUAACGGUUAAAAUGCAAAAGGUGGUUUUUAUAUGUAUUUUUGCGAUCAUCUGCCAAACAGUAUUUACUGCUGGGUACGAUAGAACAUGGAUUUUACGCCAAAAACGAAUGACAAAUGAUGACGAAUGCCGAACUCUCCUUCCAAGCCCGGAAAACAAAUUACCUUCAUGUUGUCAAAUGCCAGAUAUAUUACCCAAUUCGAACAGUACUUGGGCAAAAUGUUUUGAGACUUUCAAACAAUUCAAGGAUAAACCUGAAACAAAAGAAUAUAAGGAAAUGGCACAUGGAAAAGAGCCACCAUGUCUUUUUCAAUGUAUUUUCGUGCAAUCUGGAUUAACUACUAGUGAUGGAAAACUCAAUGAAGAUGCUAUCACCAAAAAAAUGAGCGAAGGAAUAAACAAUGAUGAAAAAUGGAAGUCUACAUGGCAGAACUCUCUCAAUAAAUGCUUUGAUGAUGUCAAACAAGAAGAUAAAAAACAAAUUCUAAUCAUGAAUACUCCAGCGGGAAGAUUGAUGAAAUGUUUCCUAAGGGAUAUGUACAUGAGCUGCCCCAAAAAUGUAUGGGUUGAAAGCUCAGAAUGCUUGAACAUGAAGGAUUUGGUGCAAAAAUGUCCGGAAAUGCCCCCACCAGUUUUCAAAUCACCACCUAAAUUAAUUUAAUUUGGAAAAUUACUCAUCUGUAGUAGUAGUUAAGUCAUUUUUAGAGAUUAAAAAAAAUACUAUAUGUUGAAUGUAAUGGAUAAACAAUUACAACAUUGAAAAUAAAUUAUAAACACUUUAGAAUUAAAAA